GACAUUACGGACAUGUAACAGCGUAGAGAGUGAGUCAAAUGAAUGAAAUAUGUGACGUUCAUACAGCAAAGCAGCAAAAUGUUUAUUAAAAUAUGCCACCAAAAACUAAAGAAGUUGCACGGAAAGUGGUUGUAGCGGUAAACAGACCAGAAAUAAGUAACGCAAGUUUGAAUUUUGUUCCGGGCGAUGCUGUUGAAGGUUAUCAAGAAAGAAUAGAAACUGGCGUCGACUGGACUAUUCAAGAAGAAGCAGCUAGAUAUUGCAAAAAUCGCUACCGCCGUCAAGUACCGGAAGUUCUAUUUUCUCAGGCAUUACAACAAAAAAUUAGUAAAAGCGUCUUAUGUGGCUUUCUUGACAAACAUUCUAAUAUCAGCCUUCAAGAUCAAUGGGAACUCAUACUGCCCACUGCGAUCUGGGAUAACGAAAAAUUUGCUAAUGAAGAAAGUAAAAUAUGCUGGCAAAACGACAAUUGUAUCACUGAUGACUUAAUAAAUUUAAUUAAAAACGCUGUUUCUAACAAUGACAGAAAGGUUUUGGAACAUGAUUUUAAGAACGUCAAUGUUUUGAGAGUAAACGAUUGUGAAAUGACCAAAUUAGAUAAAGGGUUAACCGGAUUUCGAAAACUGGUCCGUCUUAAUUUAUGUGGAAAUUUCUUGCGUGAGGUCGAUGUAGGGUUUUUGCCACGUGGACUGAGAACUCUUGAGAUGCAAAGUAAUUUUAUUCAAACUUUGGAAGUCCUUGCAACAGGUUUACCAUCCGGUUUGUUGUAUUUAGGACUGGCCAAAAAUGUUAUAGAUUGUGUUGAAGGCAUCAGUAAAUUACCUGACAGCAUCACGGUUUUGGAUUUAAGCGACAACGACAUCUGUGAUUUAGAAACAACCCUAAAUGCUAUGUCAGCGUUGCCGAAUCUUGUUUCGUUGCAGCUCGCUGGAAACCCAUGUGCAGUUUGCGCGGGCUAUGCACGCUGCACUUUGUCGAAGUUACCCAGACUGCAAUGGUUGGAUUUGCGAGAAGUCCUUCCUACAGAUCGGCCAGACGAAAACUUGGAAAUACAUCCAGAUGAUUUGCGCUCCACGUAUUUUAACUUUACUAUAUUCCGGAUAAUUUCUGCCCCUCAGCCUCCAAAAGGAGAUAAGGGUGCCAUAAUGACCUUCCACGUUGAACUGGAACUGCCGUUGUUAGACGCGACGAGAAGAAAUUUCUUAAUGUUUCGCAACAACGAUUCCUUGGUGGAAAUGUUACCGCCGCCGGAAGACGACUUGUGGGAGCCGAGCAAAAUUGGAUCCAUGGUCAAAAGUAAAUCGGUUUUGGAAGGUGAAGCAUCAUCACGAGGGUCUCACAUCUUCCACUUGACGGCGGUAGACUCACGUGAGAUCCGCCACUACACUACCUUCGAGAGCAACAGGGUGCCGUGGAACAAAAUCAUGAACUUCCAAGAGCCAGCUGUUAGAAUAUUCUGUCCCAAUCUCAUUGGCCUAAGAGAUACAUUCCGAACUGUUGUCACUCUGAGACUCGUGUAUACGGUGAGCAUCCCUGUAAAGCAAGGCAAAGGCGAUAAGAAGAGCGCUCACACGAUGAAAGCCGGGCCGCAAGAACAAAGGGCCACAAUAGCGACUAUCAGAUGCGCUCUCAACAGACCCGACUGGACUCAGAUCUCGCAGGACUAUCACUGGGAUGACACGCUUGAUGAUGACGCUAUUUAUUACGGCGACGGAGAUCUCUCUUCUUUGCAAUACAGUCAAGCCACUGCAAAAGUUGUUAAAGGUAAAACAGACACUGACCAAGGAUCCGCGAGGCAGCAAUUACCUGAAAAUUUGACGUGUCAUUUUGGAUUUGGCAUUGAUACUCUGCGUUUUUAAAAUAUUCAGAAGUAAUUCAUGAAAAAUAUGAAUAAAAACUGUAUGCAUCUGUUAAAUGUCUUCGUUGCCACAAAAUUGUGCAGUUAUAUUUCAAAUAUGAGAUAUUUAUCUGGAAAGUUAUGACCUUUUGAGAAAUGACACAGUGCUUCACACUUCAAAGACAAACCCCCUGACAAUACCAAGCAACAAAAGUUUUGUCUGCCCUACAAGAUUUAUUAUUAUCAAGACAACUUGGCGCUCUACUCUCUUACAUUCCGAUGUUAACAAGCGAGACUGACCGAUGUAUAAAAUCUAAACAUAGAAAUGUCACAAUGCUGGAGCGGUUUAAUGUCUUCCGUCGUCUGUUUAUUCUUGAAUCCCGCAAGUAUUAAAAGCUUUAUCGAUAUACUAUAAUUUUCUUCCA